AUGUCUGAACAUAGAGGUUCAUCUUUCGUUAAUUCUUGUAUUAAAGUGCCUAUAGAUCCUUAUAGUCGUCAACCAACACCCUCUUAUGAACGUCCGAGAAUCCAACGAGUAGAAAAAAGUAGAAAUAGUGUAAAAUCACGUAGAAUUAAUUUCGUAUCGUCUUCGAGUAAUCAGGAUUCAAACCGUGAAAUAAUUAGUUCUGAUGACAGCAAUGUAGAGAGUUUCUUAGAUUUUUUGGAAAGUAUACCUGACUAUGGUGAAAUUAAUCAUCUCUCUAAUGAACAAUUCAAACAGAAGUUGGAUUAUUUGAAAAGAAAACAGAGAUUGUUGUUGAAAAAUUUGAAGAAUUGUUUAGAUCAGGAUGAUAGUGAUGAAAAAAGUCUCGGUGUUCUUGAUAAAUCUUCAACUUUACCUCCGUCGACACCAAGUAUUCCCGACAAGUCUAAGAGGUGGGAUGAAAAUAAUGUUGAUUUGAGAUUGCUUGGGAAGAAAUGUAGUCUUGAGGAUUCUCGGACUGGGAGUCCCUUGUUAUUUUCAUCCGGGACUUUUGCUGGACUGGCUGAAGACCAAGAUUUGUUAACUUUUAGAUGUAAAGACAAGGAUAAAGAAAUGAAAACUUUAAAAAAUCGAGAAAUACAUUCUGCUAGUAAAAGCUGGAGUACUUGGAGUGAAUCUAAAAGUACUGAAAGUGCUAAUAGUGAUUCGGAAAAUAGUGUUGAAACUCGAAGUUUACCGCCUAGUAGUCCUAAGAGAUGGCAACCAACUGUUCCAAAACCAUUUUCAUUUGCAUUAAGAGAUGAAGCAGAAAAGUACAUGUCUCGCGCUGAAAAAGAAGCUACAGAAAAAUUUAAUGAAAAUAAUAAAGGAGGCCCGAUCAAAAAGAGAAGAGUCAGACCGAUUCCUUUGACAUCAAGGAUUCCUUUGUACGAUAAAUUGAUGGAAGCUAAAGAAGAAAGAAGCCGAAUGAUCCGUGAAGAAUCAGCGUGGAGCUUAAUGUCCCAAGUAAAACCUUUCAGAUUAGAGUGUGAUCGUAGAGCUAUUAAAACAAUGAGUCGCUCGAGUCCAGAACUAUGUUCAAGGAAUGUAAAAUCAAUAUCAACAUCUAGAUUUAGAGCAAAGCCUGUGCCAAAAGAUCUUUUUGGUACUGACGUGUACGAUAGAAUGUUAGAAGAUGAGUAUGUUAGACAGAUGCAGAAGAAAAUUCGUGCCGUAGAAUUAUUGAAAUCAUCGGCAUUGCCGCCAUCGAUGGCCCGGAGAGAACGAAUAAAAUCAGCGUGCAUUCCAAGAGUAAGAAAUUGUAGCAAUGACGAGUGUCGCCGUAAUGAAGAAUCAUUAAGAGUAUGUAGUUCUACUCCAAUAACAUCUGAAAGAUCGCGUUCCGUUUUGACUAAUCAGUCCUGCAGAGGUAAUAAUUUAGCUGCAAUUUUACGGUGUCAAGCAUCGAGAGAAAAGUUGGAACGAGAAAUUCAAGAGAGAAUGGAAGAAAAAGCACGGGAGUAUGCAAUUAAAAUGCGGGAAUCUUGGACUGGCCGAAAACCUGCAUGGCGUGCACUGCGACAUACAGCUAGAAAAGAUUUAGCGAGAGAUUUAGAUUUCCGAAUAUCAUUACGCAGGGAUGAAGCAAGAGAACAAGCUGAACGUCAUCGUUUUGAAAUGGAAAUGAUGCUCGAUCGUGUUACACAAAUUCCUACAUUGUUCGAACGUCACUCACAGACUCGUUUCUCUAAGAAGGAACACAAUAUGCAGAAUUUCCAGGGAAUGCGUCAGCUGCAAUCGCGGGCUUACAAACUUGAACGCAAAAAGAAGAAAAAAAAACUCAAACCUCAACAUUCUAUUGUCAGUCUUGAGUCUGACAAUAGUCCCGAAUGUCCAUCACGUCCUGACUCUGAAUCUACACCAACUCGGUUAUCUUCUGAGCAAUCUUUAAAAUCUUCAGGCUCUAGAAAAUCUCAGGCAUCAACUAGAUCAGAAAAUUUUAUGAGUAAUAAAAAAAAAAUUGAGCGCGGAUCUCUUCGAGUAUCGAUUAAUGAAACUGCUGAACUAAUUGAAGAUGAUGAUGGUGACGAUAACGAAAAAUAUUCUAUCAGUCCUAGUGAUGAACAAGAUUCUCACAAUUUGUGCAAUAAAAAUAAUCAAAAUCUUUAA